AUGCCUCUUCCAUAUGCAGACGCCGACAUUACGCAAUUGCAGCGCGAUGCGGACGACAAUCUGCUCACAUACGGGACCGCAUUCCAUCCUGAGAUCAUCACCUCCACCGACAGCAUCAACGUGCAGACAGCAUCGGGUCACCGAAUGAUGGACUUCACUUCAGGCCAGAUGAGCACUCUGAUUGGGCAUGGCCAUCCUGAGGUUGUGAAAGUGAUCGCGGAUCAUGCGCAACAUCUCGAUCAUCUUUUCAGUGGGAUGAUCAGUCCCCCAGUCAUCAAUCUUGCGAAACGAUUAACUAGCGUUGCGCCGGCGGGGCUCGACAAAGCUUUCUUUCUCAGUACGGGCGGCGAAGCGAAUGAAGCCGCAAUUCGACUGGCCAAAUUCUACACUGGCAAAUGGGAGAUCGUUGGUCUGGCUGCCUCAUGGCAUGGCAUGACAGGCGGGUCGCUCGGUGCUCAGUAUCACGCCGGACGGUCAGGCUACGGUCCCAACAUGAUUGGGAACCUAGCGCUGCCAACACCCAACUCCUAUCGGUCGAUAUUCAGACACGCUGACGGUACUCACGAUUGGAAGACUGAACUGCACUACGGCUUCGAUCUUGUAGACAAACAGUCCUGCGGCUCGCUUGCGGCAGCUAUCGUUGAGCCGAUUCUAUCAAGUGGUGGUAUGCUAGAGCUUCCACCUGGAUACUUGAAGGCCCUGAAGGAGCACUGCGUCGCUCGAGGCAUGCUACUAAUUGUGGAUGAAGCUCAGACGGCACUCGGAAGAGCUGGCGAUAUGUUCGCGUUUACACAUUACCCUGAGGAUGAAGGCGUGGUACCGGAUAUUGUGACACUCAGCAAGACGCUUGGAAAUGGCAUACCGCUCAGUGCCGUCCUGACGUCGAACCCCAUCGCCCAGCAUGCCAAAGAUAACGGCUUCUUGUUCUACACUACCCAUAUCAACGAUCCACUUCCAGCUGCUGUGGGCGACAAGGUUCUCGAGAUCGUCAUGAGAGACGAGCUCUGCGCUCGUUCCAAGAGGCUCGGUUUCAAGCUCCAAGCAGGACUCAGGCAGUUGCAGUCACGCUACGGUUGCAUUGGCGACGUUCGUGGUCGCGGUCUAAUGGCUGGAAUGGAGAUUGUUGGCGACAGAAAGACAAAGGUCGGUGCCCCGGAAGUCGGGGCCGCAGUGUCAACAAAGAUUGCAGAGAUGGGCUUGUGGGCUCAGCUAGCCACGAUGGCAUCGUUUGGUGGAGUGUUCCGGAUAGCGCCUCCGAUCACGGUUACGGAGGAGCAGAUCGAUCUCGCCUUGUCAAUCAUUGAGGAAGCGCUUGCGACGACUCCAGGUACGAUGCCACUCUACACUGAUGUCGCCGCGCACUUGUAA